UCCCUUUAGAUAAAAUUGAAUAAUCAUUGCUAUCAGGUUACGUAAAACAGCUGAUUUUAUCAAAAUAAGGAACACUGUGCUAUCUAUAUAUAUAAGGAAACAUAAAACAUAUUAUUCUUCGCAGUAUAUCUCAAGUGCUCACACAAUGUUACCGUUUGUUUUACUCGUUUUUGCAUCAACAAUAACCUGUUAUGAUGCGGCUAGAAUAUUAGCUGUAUUUCCCGUACCGUCUAUCAGUCAUCAAGUAGUGUUUCGACCUCUUACUCAAGCACUGGCCAAGCGAGGACAUGAAGUCACGGUCAUCACACCAGAUCCCGCCUUCCCAAAAGGAGGAGCUCCUGCUAAUCUCACAGAAAUCGAUGUCCACUUUUCCUACGAAAUCAUGAAAGAAAUGUACAAAGUAACUUCUUCGGGAGACGCAACUAUGGUACAGAAAAUGAGAGUAGGUUUUGACCUGAUAGCCAAGGUUUUUGAAGACCAAAUCCAGAAGGGUGUAGUGAAAAAUGUUUUGAAAGAUCAGAAGUACGAUUUGUUAUUACUUGAAGCGUGUGCGAGACCUGCGUUGAUGUUGUCUCACGUAUUCAAAGUGCCUGUGAUAUUGGUGUCUUCAUUUGGACCUAUGAACUUCAAUGUGCAAACUAUAGGCUCUGCUUGGCAUCCAUUGGUGUUUCCACUGAGUAUGAACCAGAGGGUAUAUAACCUGACAAACUGGGAGAAGAUAUCCGAACUAUGGAACUUAUAUCAACUAGAUAUUGUGCUUAAAGAGGUUGAAGAGGAAGAGAACGUAAUGGCAAAACGAUUGUUUGGACCAGAUAUUCCUCCUAUGAAUGAAUUGAAAAAUAAUGUUGAUAUGUUGUUUUUGAAUAUACACCCUGUAUGGGAAGGAAAUCGUCCAGUCCCUCCAAGUGUGGUUUAUAUGGGUGGUAUGCAUCAAAAACCUGUUGAAGAAUUACCGAAGGAUCUCAAGACCUACUUGGAUUCUUCGAAACAUGGUGUCAUAUAUGUCAGCUUCGGUACAAAUGUACAACCUUCACUAUUACCUCCAGAGAAGGUACAAUUAAUGAUCAAAGCAUUCUCCGAGCUACCUUACGACGUGCUGUGGAAGUGGGACAAAGAUGAGCUCCCCGGACGUACUAGUAACAUUAGGAUAUUUAAGUGGCUGCCACAGUCCGAUCUACUAUUACAUCCCAAGAUAAAGCUGUUUGUCAUGCAAGGCGGUCUUCAAUCAACUGAUGAGGCUUUGACCGCAGGGGUCCCUAUGAUAGCUUUCCCUAUGCUGGGUGAUCAAUGGUACAAUGCAGAACAGUAUGAGUACCACAAGAUUGGCGCCAAACUUGCUAUUGACACAGUGACUGAAGAACAAUUUAGGAACACUGUUAAAAGACUCAUUGAUGAUGAGAGCUAUCGUCGCAACACAAAACAACUUGGCAAACUGAUGCGGGACCUACCAGUUCAUCCACUUGAAAAUGCAGUAUGGUGGACGGAGCACGUGCUGCGUCACGGCGGCGCGCGACAUCUGCGCUCUCCCGCCGCCAACAUGUCGUGGACACAGUACUUAGAGCUAGAAUUAGUGUUUACUGUACUUAGUGUAGCAUUAAGCUUUGUCCUGUUAAUCUCUCUUUUAUUGUACAGCUUGUGGAAGUAUUUUAGUAUAAGUUUAGAGCAUAAGAAGUUGAAAGACAAUUGAAUGCAGUAAAAA